UGUACAUUGUUGUUAUUAUUAUUGUCGUUGUUGUCGUAUAUAUAUAUAUCGAUAAUAAAAUAUCGCAACAGACUGUACACAAUAUUACUGCGGCCGCCGUCCAUUCGCGGCAGCACUCGCUCUGGGAUGCGGCAUAAUUGAUUGUCGCAGACCGUCGUCCUGUAUAUCAUUGUACGUUAUACAAUAAUUAUCGCCACGGUAAACUCGAGACGAUAAUAUCUCAUAUUGUACACGUCGGAACCGCCGGAAAAUCGGAAACGGCUGCAAAAAAAUCGUUUUGUGGAAGGUUCAGAAUACCAGAAGUUCGUCUAUACAAAAGCUGUUUCGGCCGAUGAAAUUAAACAUGGCUCUGGGGAGUGCAGCUCCCACGAGCUUCCAACACCGCUGCGGGGUGACCAUGGCUCUCAUAUUGAUCGUCUCCGUAACGUUAACAAAGUCUGCUCCGACGACUUACGAUGAAAUUGAAGCAAAACGAACAGACUUGGCGGACUAUUUUAAUGACCCAAAUGGUUGUUACUAUAAUUAUCAACAUUACGAAGAAGGUGAUCGCAUAGUGACCAACGAACCGUGUUUAAACUGUACUUGCCACAAUAGAAUGUUAAUGUGCUACCUUCGAGUGUGUCCGUUUUCAAAAGCUAUUGGACAAGACUGUACAGUACAAAAAUCACCGGAUCAAUGUUGUCCCGUCAUAUCUUGCCCAGAAGUUGGUUCGGAUGUUACAGUGCCAGUACACUUGUUAACCAGUUCAACGACACCGACGCCGACGACAACAACUGAAAUUGGAUGGCACGACAAUUAUGGGUGCAUGAUGGAUGAAAACGAAUUCUUUCCAGAUGGAGCGCAGGUUCCACCCAAUCCGAAAAAACCGUGUGAACUUUGUUAUUGUAUUAGAAACCGAACAGCUUGCAUAAUGCAAGAGUGUACGUUGCACGUGGAGGGUUGUCGACCAGUAUACCAUGAAGGUGUUUGCUGUCCUGUUCGAUACGAUUGUGAUUAUGAAAGUGAAAAAUCUACUACUUCAGCUCCACAAAUCACCGGUGGACUAGUUUUUUCCACUACUUCCGCGCCAUUCGAUUGCCGAGUUAACGACGACGUUUACCAAGAUGGAGAAUCUAUUCCUAUGGUUUCGGAAAAACCUUGUGAACAUUGCUAUUGUAUGAGAGGUGAUAUCGUAUGUGCAGUUCAAGACUGCGGUGAACCACUCCGAGGAAAAGACUGCACACCAGAAACACCACCAGCAGGUCAAUGUUGCCCUACAUCGUAUCAAUGCGCAAACGAGACGAGCAAUUCAUAUGACAUAACUACGCUACAACCAGUAUUGCUAAGUGAUUCGGAUGAAAAUGAAGCCGAAAAAUUCCCUAUUAAUGAAGAUAUAUACAAUAAACUAGGGGAAACCCAACCAACGAUUGAACAUGACGAAGAAAAUGAUGUUGUUGAGUCUGAUCAUACCAUCACAACUGCUCCAGACAAUUAUAAUACAGAAAAAGAAACAAAUAUCAUACCAGAAAGUAAUAGUGCACACAAUUCCAAUGAAGAAAACAAGCAGGAAACGUCAAGUUCCACACCAAAUUUAACAAAUCAGGAAAACUUAAGUACAGAAUCUGGACAAGCUAAUUAUGACAGUACUGACAAACCUGAUGAGCCAACAUUAAUCGACCAAGUGCAACCAACGCAAUUACCGGCAUCUGAUCCUUCAACAAAUGAAAAUCCUAUUAUUUCUUCUACUCAGACGAUUUCCAAUAAAAACGAUAACGAUAAGGUUGAUGAAGAAAACAAUAGUAACGAAAUUUCGGAUAAAACCCCAAUUACAUCCAAUUUACCGGUUUCGUCAACAGAUAGUUCAAUAGAAGGCAGCACACAAAGUUCAAAUAUCCAAGAUAAGCCUCUAGAAGAUAAUAUUAACGAAAAUAACUCUGAACUUGAAAAAGAGCCCAUAAAAUCAAAUGACAAAGAACAAACACCAGAUCAGCACUCAAACACUAAACCAGAUAUUGAAACAGCAUCUGAUGAAAAUAAAAAUCCUCCAAAGCAAAGCAAUUUAGAAAAUUCUGAGAUAUCUACUGAAAUAAACAUUCAAACUGUUCCAUCCGAUAAACAGGAAGAAGCUAUAUCUGGAACAGAACUUCCCAAAAUAGAAAAUCAAAAUAGUCCUCAGUCAGAGAAUGCAUCUCCAACUGAAAUUCCAAAAGUAGAAAAUGAACCUACUGAACAAAAUAAACCAGUAGUUGACAGCACUUCUGGAACUGAUAACCAACCGGAAUCUGAUAAGACACCAGUAGAACAAAAUAAUCAGGAUAGUCCUCAGUCAGAGAAUGCAUCUGCAACUGAAGUUCCAAAAGUAGAAAAUGAACCCACUGAACAAAACAAACCAGUAGUUGAUAGUACUUCUGGAACAGAUAGCCAACCGGAAUCUGAUAAGACGCCAGUAGAACAAAAUAAUCAGGAUAGUCCUCAGUCAGAGAAUACAUCUGCAACUGAAGUUCCAAAAGUAGAAAAUGAACCCAUUGAACAAAACAAACCAAUAGUUGACAGCACUUCUGGAACAGAUAACCAACCAGAAUCUAACAAGACACCAAUAGAACAAAUAAAUCAAGAUAGUUCCCAAUCGGAAACUCCAUUUUCAACCGAAAUUUCAUCCACACCUGAAAGUCCACAAUUAGAAAAUAAAGUACCUGACAGUAAUCCUAUACAACCAGUAUCACCAGUAGCUUCAGAAAAUAAUGAAUCAACAGAACAACCAAAUGAAGAAAAUAUUAUUUUUGUUGUGUCACCUACAUCAUCUCCACCAUCCUCAGAUAAUCAAGUUAAAGGAGAAGAAACGACUUCAAUAAUCAAUGAAAACAAUACCAGUGAUAAUUAUUCUUCUACAGAAAAAAACGAAGACAAGACAGUUGAAGUUCUAAAACCAUCAGCUGAUGACAAAACUUCGUUUACUGAAAACACUGAUACGUCCAAUAUAUUACCAGCAAAACAAACUGAAACAGUCACAGAAAGCCAAAAUGUGGUACCGCAAGCUAAUGAAGAAAAUAAUGAAAAUUCAAUAAAUUUGAAGCCAAUUGAUAACAAAGGUAAUAGUGAUGGCGUGACAGAUAAUCUAGUUAAUUCUCAUGAACAAUUACCUGCUAUCGCUGAACAUAAUGAUAAUAAGUUUGGAUCUAACAAUCCAGUGAGUUUGGAACCAGUGCUUACACCAACGACUGAAAUAAACUAUGAUGUUAACACAGAAGUAAUAAAUCACGGUGUAUUGGUAGACGACCCUUCAUCUCAAGAAAAUCAACCCAUCGACGUACAUUCAGAUGAAGAAUUAGAAAGCGCUCUUAAUGCCGAUUCAAUAGACCAACUUAUUACUCAUCAAACAGAAACUCCAACUGAAUCAGAAACGUCCACAAAUAAAUAUCCAUUGUCUGCCGAUGAACACGCAAAUGAUAUUACUACUUCUUUGCCACAACAGCAAAUAGUUGAAAAUAAUAUUCCUUCAGUACAUCCUCAAGUUAUUAAUUCUGGUGAACUAACAACUACAAAAGAUGAAACGAAAACACCAAACAACUUUUCGACAAACGACUCACUUAAUCAAUCCUCCGAAAAUUAUGUACCAACUGAAAUAGUUGGAGUACAAAAUUCUGAAGAUGUUUCCAAUCCAACUGAAUUGCCUGUAUUGCACAAUAACAAUGGCGAUACACCUGAACAAAACAAUGAAAGCUUCAUUCCUCAGGAACAAUCACAAGACGAGAAUGUUAACAAAAUUGUAGAUCAGACGACAAUUUACCCAGAUACUUCAUCAGAUGAAAAAAACAAUUUUGUAACGAGCACUGCAUCAUAUCUUAAUAACGUUGAUAAUGUUACACCAUCUUCUGAUAAAAUAGAAACUGUUUUAAAUGAAAAACCAGUUAAAAAUACAUACGAAGACAUUUCAGUUGAAAGUGCAACUAUUCAAGCAAUUUCAGGUAAUAUAGAUAAUAAUGCAGACAAUUUAGUGACAACAAAUAUAUAUGGUGAUUUACCAUCUACAGAUGCACCUGGAAGUCAAAUGGUUGAAAAUGAAGUAAGUCCAUCGGUAAAUCCAUCUAAUAAUGUUGAAACUAACGUAAAUAAUGAUCGACCUGAAAAUGUUGUACCACAACUAAGCUCUAAUGAAGGAUCAACUCAGUACAACGAGGAUGAUAGCUCAACAAAUAACCCUAUCCAAGAAUCUUCGAGUGUAAAUAUUAUCAAUGAUGUAGAUGCGAGUACCAAUGUACCAUAUAAGCCAAGCCCUAAUGAUAUAAACCAAGAUUCAAAUACUGAAUCUGAGUUAUAUACAACUCAGUCGCCAACUGAAUUACAACAAUUAAACGUUUUUCCUAUAGUAAAUAAUGGAAACCCGUCUGAAAGUCUACAACAUUCUGACAAACCAUUUGUAUCGAAAACGCCAGAUUACGUUAUAGAUAUAACUACAUCAGUUUAUAGUGAAUCAUCAAAUGCUCCAGAAUCGAUUAUAACAAAUGGCCCAAUAGAUUCUGUAAGUGAAGUAACCACAUUUAAUGUGGACAAAAAUAGUGACGUGGUAACAGAAUCUUAUGAAAACGUACAACCAGGAGUACCAGGAGAGGGAAGUUGUUUGAUCGAUUUUGUGACUUACGCACACAAAGCUGAAGUGCCGAAAUCUAACCCGUGUCAUGAAAAAUGUGAGUGUUUAAAUAGUAUAGUCACGUGUACUUCUGUAAACUGCCCACCUGCACCACCUCAGCACAAAAACUGUAUACCUUUACACCCAGGAAACGAAUCGUGGUGUUGCCCAACAUACAUGUGUGAAGGAGGCAUAGAAGGAAUGUUAUUUGAUAAUCAUAAUCAACUUGGUUCUCCUCAAUUAAUAUCCACCGUGGUAUUAGAAGAUAAACCAAGUGAAGUUGACGAAAAACCUCAAACCGAUGAGGAAGUUUCAAGCACACCCAAUUCUCAAGUUUCUCAAGAAUACAACACUUUAUCACCAUCUCAAUUCGAUUCGAACUCUAACAUAAAUUCUGAAGGUGGUAUCGGUGUGACUGAGAUUCCAGCACAUACUGAAAUUCCUAACAGGCCAAUAGAAGAUUUUGUAAACACAGAUAAUGAAAAUGAUGUAUCAGUAACUGCUGUUAACCUUGAAACAAUAGUCAACGAAAACCCAGCCAAUGGUGAUAAACCAGAAGAAAACAAUAAACCAAUCGAAAGUGUUCAACCAAUUGAAAAUACUGGAGUAGAUUAUACAACAACUUCUUACGUAACUGAUGAUCAAUCAUUAACUAACAAACCAGAAACGCUAAAUAAUAACGAAGAACAAAAUGAAUUGCACAACACGGUCAACGAAUCACAAGACUAUCCAGCACCAUCAACCCAAGUACCAGAGAACUAUGAACCUGCAGUAACAAAUGUACUUUUCGGUAGUGAUCUAAAUCGACCAGAACAAAACUCCGAGUCAGACGUCUCAAUAUCCGUCACAACAUAUAAGCCUAACGACUCUAUUGUAAAUCAACAAGUUGAUACAAAUAACAAAGGAAGUGUAGAGACCAAUAAUCCAUCUGCCAGUGAAGAUCCUCACACAAACCCCACUAAUAUAGUAACAGAUUUGCCUAUGGGUGAAGUUAAUCCCUCGGAAGAAGGAACUCAAACGCCAACAAUUAUAGCUGACGAAAACCCUAUAGUUUCCGGAAAUAACGUCGAUGGCUUAAGACCAACAAGUAUUGAUGACAUUAUUUCGUCAGUUUACUCUGUCAAGGACUCUGUUAAAAAUUCAUUAGAAACUUCAUCAAAACCUACUCAAAUCUCAAAUGAAGAAAUUGGAUUAUUCGAAAAUAAUUACCAAUCAACAAUCAUACCGGAAGAUUCCUUACCGGAUCAAUACAAUAAUGAAUCUCAAACCACAGUGAGUAGUGUAAACAGUACUCCAGAAUCUCAAAAAACAGAUGUGACGAACGAAAUCUUGCCAGAAAGUCCCUCGGUUACGACGGAAGCAAACAUUUCCCUACCGUCCGAAAACGAUACAGACGGAUUAACAGGAGUUACCCAAAUUCCAAACAUUCCACCACAACCCGAAGUAAAUUCCGUUGAACAAGGAGUAUCUACUGAUUUAUCAUCAAACGGUCCCGAAGUUGAAGCGACAGUUGAUGAUAGUAAAAUCCCAGUGGAAUCUCCAACAACACAAAGUUUACCAAGUUCCGGUGAGCAAGACUUGGCGAACAACGGACCGGAAACUCCUAGCAAUCCGAUCCUGUCCCAAGUUCAGAACGCUGGCGACCCAAGUACUGACUCACCAUUACCGGAAGUACCUUUAGUAGUCGAUGACAACAAGACGCCUGAGAUCAACACACCAUUGUCCGAACAACAUGAGGUGCCUGUGCAUGAUAUAGAGAUAGCAGUCAAGCCGGCCACAGAAGAAAAACCAGAUGUCGUGAAUAGUCCAAUCACAUCGGAUUCGGGCGUACCAGCAGAAGUCCUGACACAAGCGGUGGUAACAGGCCAGCCAAUAGUCAGUACUCCAGACGACAGUGACAAGAGGUUUGGUGAAUCGAGCAGUUCAUCGUUCCGUCCACCUGUCCAAGUUGGAGACGAUAACAAACACGAAAAUGAACGUCCUCGGCCGGAAACCAGUGACACUGUACACAUACCACUGGAUACAGAAACGCCUGCGUUCAACCCUUCUACAAACGCUCCACUUGCAACUUACCCCCACAAACCUUCGUACACGCCAAUCCCUCAAUCGACGUGGACACAAAAACCAUUCCACCAAGAUUCCACAUCCGAAGCGCCUUUGCAACCAGAUCAAGGUUUUCCAGACGAGUAUGACGAUGAAAAUGAAGCAGUUUACGGGCCAGGCACAUGCAGAUACGGUGGCAAGAUAUAUGUUUCUGCUCAGCAAGUGCCCAGAGACGACCCGUGCGAUUUCUGUUUCUGUUUCCGAGGCGAUAUAAUUUGCCUACAACAGAGCUGCCCACCACCCAUAUUUGGAUGCUACCAGGAGAACAUACAAGGUUUCUGUUGUCCGCGUUACGAGUGUCCAGUGGCCCAGGCCACGUCUGUUAACGUUACCACGACUACCACUUCAACCACAACCAUGGUGCCACCACAUUUCUUCGCCAACGCCUACCGAGGGGCAGCCAGGCGUACCGGAUGUCUUAUCCACGGACACGCUUAUCGCGUGGGCGAAGACGUAGGAAUUGCUUCUGGUCCUUGUCUCGAGUGCAUAUGCGGUUCCGACGGCAAAAUGAAAUGCGAUCCUAAGCCUUGCAGUCCAGAGCCUUUGCUCAGAAAAAUGAUGGCCGAAGCAGUCGACCAAAAAAGAAGGUGAAUAAUAAGAAAAAUAACGUUCAACGACUAAGUGCCAAAUACCACAGUUAACGAUAACACGAGCAACGAGAACCAAAAGUAGACGACCGUCAAUUUUUUUUUUAUUUUACCUUUUUGAAUUUUUUUCUCAUUAUCAACCACACCGCACGAAAUGUCCACUUUCGCGGCAUUGCGUUGCUCAAUACAUAAAUACCAUCACUAUUACGACGAAAAAAACAAAAGACAAACAUGGUAUGCCAUCGUGAAAACAUUGGAGACUGGUUCUAAUGAGUAUUUUAUAUUUAUUACGUUUAGUUUAUUAAAAAAAAAUAGGUUAGUUAUUUAUUGUAGUAAGACACCUUUAGAAUGAACAUUAAUUGUUUACAUCAAUUUUUUCCAAGCGAUUUUAUACAACUGAAUUAAAUUUAACUUAACUAUACGUUUAUAAAUUUAGAAAACAUAAUUUAGUAUAAUAUGUAAUAUAAAUAAUAUAAUUGUAUGCAUAAUGCCAUAACGGUAAGCAAUACACGCCACAUUGCUACAAAAAAUACUAUUUUAUAAAACUUUUAUACUUCGUUUUGUAUUGAAUUGAAAAAUCUAACCGUCCAAACAAUUCAUUCCGAAUUUCUUUCUAACAAUAAAUUUUUUAUCGUAUUACGCAUCAAAUCGCUGCCAUUCACUCGUAAUUUUUUAAGAAUUAAGUACGAAAUUAUCCACCCAAUUAUAUUAUAUUUCGUUUUAACCAAGCCCGAUCCAGUGUUCAUGGUUUCCAAGAUGAAAUUAAAAAUGUUUUAUAUAAUUAUUAUUAUAACGUUGGAUUUUUAUCUGAGUAGUUUAACAGGCAGAAGUCAAUUUAUCUACUUAGGUGUAUUGUGUACAAACAUCACAAAAAUAUUAUGAAAAUCUAUAAAAAUAUUUGAAAAACUCAAGUCCGAAAAAUCGUGUUUGUUCAUUAAAUACUAAAGAAUUUUAUUUUCGAAACGUCUUCUGCCUCUCGAACACACAGAUAAACAAUGCUACACAGAUAACAUGUAAAUAUUAUAUAUUGUUCAUAAGUUUAGGUAUAUAUUAUUACUUAUAAAAUAAGUUUAUGAUUAACAAUUA